CACUUGACCGACAAACAGUGUGUGUUGCAGAGGGAAUAUACACACUUGCAGCCCAGGUAACCCUGCCUCUCGGCCGCUUGCUGUGUUUCAGUCAUGAAGAACCUUCACUUCAAAGAUUUUUUCUGGUGUCCAGAUCUGACUUCCACUGCUGGCUAUGAUGCCAUCAUUCAGUAUCUGAAUGACGGAAAAAGAACAUGCAAAGAGGUGGAGGACUUCAUGAAAGCUAGGGCUUCGAUCGAAGAGAGGUACGCCAAAGACUUGCUUGGUUUGUCCAAGAAAGUUUGUGGACACAAUGAGAUGAACACAUUGAAAAGAUCCCUGGACGUGUUUAAGCUACAGACUGAACAUGUUAGUCUAUCACACUUACAACUGGCGCAGAGUAUGAGGGAAGAGGUCAAGAAACUGGAAGAAUUCAAAGAAAAGCAAAAAGAAGCAAGGAAAAAAAUAGAACAACAGAUGGAUGCUCUUCACAAACAGAAGUCCUCACAGUUUAAGAAGACGAUGGAUUCCAAGAAAACAUAUGAGCAGAAAUGUCGUGACAAAGAAGAAGCGGAUCAGAACAUGAACCGAAACACUAACACCAACAACACCAAGCUUGUGGAGAAGCUCCAGUCAAAAGCUCAGCAGGCAAAACUGAGUGCAGAAGAAGCAGACAGAUUAUACCAACAGAAUGUUAUAACGCUGGGGAAAAUUAGAGAUGACUGGCUGAAGGAGCAUGUGAACGCCUGCGAGAUAUUUGAAAAACAGUCAGUAGAGCGUAUUAACUUCGUGAGGAACACAGUGUGGACUCAUCUCAACCAGCUUUCACAGCAAUGUGUCACCAGCGACGAGCUAUAUGAGGAAGUGAGGAGGUCACUAGAGCAAUGUGACGUCCAGGAAGAUAUCGAACACUUCGUAAAUCUCAGACGGACCGGAGACAAACCUGCAGCUCCAGUCGUGUAUGAGAACUUCUACUCAGGACUAAGGUCUCCAACUGGACCACCGCCUUCCCGGAUGCCUCCACCAGCUGUGAGAAGGGGACCACUCCCUGAUCCAACACAGAAUAGAGAUGACUCGCGCCACUCUUUGGUUCAGGACGGAGAUUACAGUGUGAUCCAGUAUUAACACAUACAUCACCAGCAGUUUCAGACUUACCCGUUAUAGCCCAUUCCUUCCCCUUUUUAGGCUUCCUGUAAACACACGGUCAUAUCAGAUGGAAAAUUUGUGUCAUAACUAUGUGUACAGACUAUGUUUCACUUUAGAUUUCUUCAUGUGUUGAAUGUACUUUUAUGAAAUAAAAUAAGUGGAAUAGGUUUGAAGUUAAUAUUUGUUGAUCAUAAUAAGCAUUCAUGGUCAGUGUUUUACUUCACAGAAAAUCAUCAGACAGAAAUCUUAAGACAAUAAUGCAAACUUAAUUGCAGUGUGAAUUCUGCAGUUAGGUUGGAUUAUAUAUUUAUGUUUAUGUUAACUGUGCUUUGAUUUUUUUUUGCAUUAAGACUUUCGCAGAUUUAAACAUGCCAUUUGUUUACCAGUUUUCAUUUCCUUGUUGAUGUGAAAGUGACUGACCACUGUCUCGUGAGUGGCAAGAUUCUCACGUUUUUAACGCAAGACAAAAACAAGUCCCUAUCUAAGUUAUUUAUUAACUUGAAGUUGUUACAUUUUUGCAAAUUGUUCAAGAUAAUGAAAAACAGCCCUCUUUCGAAUCCAGACUUGUAUAUAUGAUGUACAUAUAUAUUAUAUAUCCUUAUAUCUAUAUCUUCACCAUCAAUCCUUUCAUCUAAAAUCUCAUGAAAACGAGUGAAAUUGCUGAAGCUAUGCCCUCUGAAUUUGUCGUUCUGCUGACAAAUCUGUAUUUUUAUUAAUGAAUGUGAAAUGAAGUUGAGUUUGAGACGGUGGAAAAAGGAAAUAUUGUUGCUUCAUCUGUCUUCAUGCUUACUACACUUGAGAGCACUUCAUAACUUUUGAAUUUUUUUCCACGUGUUGCCAUGUCACAACCAUAAACUUCAACGUUUUGUGUGGAAGUCGUAUGUAUAUGAUAGAGCAAAACACAACAGAGUGCAUAAUUGUUAAAUCAAAGGAAAAUGAUCGUUUUAAAAUAUUUUUGAUAAAAAUUA